GUGAGAGGUCACGACGGCGCCGGGCUGAGGGCGGCGGAGCCGCGUCCCGGCCCCGGUCAUGGCGGCCCGGCGGCUCCGCGGGGCCCUUCAGCUCGGGGCGCGGCAGCGGCUGCGGGCGGUGGCGGCGCCUCCCGGGAGGUGAGCGGCGGGAGCGGGCGGGGAGCGCGGGGACGGACGGGGACGGGAAGGCCCCGACCGCGGGCCCAGAGGUCACCGGGUGCGGGGCGCGGCUCCGCGCGGAGGAAACGCCGCGCGCUGCGGGGCGGGCGCGGCCGGGACAACCCCGGGGGGAGCGCGGCGGAUCGGCGGCCGUCACCGCGCCCGGGACGCCGGGGGCGGCGCGGGGACAUCAGCGCUGCCGGCUGACCUCUGCGCCGGGGACGUGGCCGGGAGCCAACGGCAGCCGGCAGCCAACGGCUCCGCGCCGGGAUGGGGGCACGGCCGCUCCCGCAGCUCCGGCCGUCGGCGCCCCGGGGCUCUCGUUGGCGGGUACCGAAACGGGACGUUCCCUCCCGGGGGAGCGCCGCCGUGCAGCUAAAAAUACCCGCGGCGAUGGAGCGCAUCCAACCGGGGCUGCCGCGGGGACGGCGGUGACGCCGCCGGGCUGCAGCCCACCGUGGCGGUGCCGUCACCUCGGGUGGGUGACGUGGAGCUGUGGGCGCUGACGGCGGCUCUGCGGGAGGACCCCCCCUUCCCAGGGCCGUCGGGGCUGCGGAGCGGUCACCGCUUCCCUUCCCACCGGCGGCAGCGCUGUCUGCGCAGCCCUGAGCGAGGUGGGAGGUGGAGGAGGGAGAGUGCUGGGGCUCGGUUGGGUCCUGAGCUGCCCCGGCCCUGCGGAGCCGGGGAGGGGCUGUGGGCGGUUGUCCCCGCUCUGCCCAUCUGGAUUAGGUGUCCCCGAGGUCGGGUUUCCCUCUGCCUUCCUCCUCUUAUGCAACGGCAGCGCUGGCGGCGGCUGUGGCCGCUGCGCUUGGACUUUCCCGACCCAUCUCUGCUGCCCACAGCCCUGGAUUGGGAUGGAUGGGGCAGCUCUUCAACGCACCCCGUGGUUACUCCCAGCUCAGGAGGGCUGCGUGCAGCUCCAGCCGGGACCCAGGAGGAGGGGCUGCCCAGCAGAGCCGUGGGGCAGCCCCACACCGGUUCCUGCGCCCACACCUCCCUCCUGUGCAGACACACAGCACCGUGUGGCCUCGGGUUCGGCCGCCCGGCCGUCAGCACUGAGUGGGACCCACAGCGUGCGCCCACCCGCUCCUUCCUCAACCUCGCGGGGUCCUUAACCAACAAACGCAAGGAGUACUCGGAGCGGCGCAUCAUCGGGUACUCCAUGCAGGAGAUGUACGACGUGGUGUCCAACGUGGACGACUACAAAACCUUCGUGCCGUGGUGCAAGAAGUCGGUGGUGGUCUCCAAGCGGACGGGGCACAUCAAGGCACAGCUCGAGGUGGGCUUCCCACCCGUCUUGGAGCGCUACACCUCCAUCGUCACCCUCGUCCGCCCCCACCUCGUCAAGGCCGUCUGCACGGACGGGCGGCUCUUCAACCACCUGGAGACAAACUGGCGCUUCAGCCCCGGCAUCCCCGGUUACCCCCGCACCUGCACCGUGGAUUUCUCGAUCUCCUUCGAGUUCCGCUCCCUGCUGCACUCCCAGUUGGCCACCGUGUUCUUCGACGAGGUGGUCAAGCAGAUGGUGGCGGCCUUCGAGCGCCAGGCAGCCAAGAACUUCGGGCCCGAGACCCGCAUCCCCCGGGAGCUCAUGUUCCACGAGGUCCACCAGACGUGAGGGCAGCGCUUCGGACUGCGCCGGGGUCAACCCCGCCCCCCCCUUAAAUAUUUAUUUGAGUGCA